UGAUGGAGGAGGGAGGAGGGAGGAGGGAGGAGGGAGGAGGAGACCAAUGACGAAGUAGGGAGGUAGACGAGGAUGGCGAUGAUGAGGGAUGCCAAGGGAAAACCGAAUCGAACAAAUAAAGAAAAAAGGAGGGACUAGGGAGGGAGGGAGAAGUAUCACUAAGGAGAAGUGUGACGAAGGAGGAGGGAGGAGAAGUAUGACGAGCGAGGAGGGAGGAGGGGCGGAGGAGGAGGGAGGAGGGAUGGAGGUGGAGGGAGGAGGGAGGAGGGAGAAGUAUGACGAAGGAGGAGGGAGGAGAAGAAUGGUGAGGGAGGAGGGAGGAGGGAGGAGGGAGGAGUAUGACGAAGGAGGAGGGAGGAGUAUGACGAAGGAGGAGGAGACCGAUAACGAAGUAGGACGGGCCGGGAUGAUCGUAGUCGCCGUUGCCAUGACCGAUGACAAAGUAGGACGAAGCGGGAAGAUCGCGGAGGAGAAGAGGGAUGAAAAGCAAGACGACAAGCGAUGGAGGAGGACAAGUAUGACGAGGGAGGAGGGAGGAUGGAGGACGAGACAGAUGAUGAUGUCGGGAGGUGGACGGAGGAGGAGGGAGGAGAAGUAUGACGAAGGAGGACGGAGGAGAAGUAUGAGGAGGGAGGAGGGAGGAGGGAGGAGGGAGGAGAAGUAUGGCGAAGGAGGAGGGAUGGAGGAAAGAUGAGAGAGGGGAAAGGAGAAGAACGAUGAAGUCGGGAGGUGGACGGAGGAGGAGGGAGGAGAAGUAUGACGAAGGAGGACGGAGGAGAAGUAUGACGAGGGAGGAGUCG